AUGAAACGAAACCAUAUUUCCCACAACCACCACCACUCCUACCGACCACGCAAAUGGGUGAUGAUCAUCCCCAUUGUCAUAUUAUGCAUCGUCCUCCUACUACUUAUUCUCGGCAAACCCUCUUCUUCUUCAUCAUCUUCUUCUGCAACAUGGUCUUCUUCUAGGCUCAAUUUAACGGAAGAAGUAGGAGUGGAUCUUCCGAGAUUGGCGUACAUGUUGACGGGCACUAAAGGAGAGGAAGCGCAGCUUAAGAGGGUCCUUCAGGCAGUGUAUCAUCCCAGGAACUACUACCUGCUCCAUCUCGAUCUAGAAGCUUCUGAUGCGGAAAGGCUCGAGCUUGCCAAAUACGUCAAGUUGGAGACUGUGUUUGCGGCGUUUGGGAACGUCAUGGUCGUGGGUAAGUCUGAUUUAGUCACCUACAAGGGCCCCACCAUGAUCGCUUCCACUCUUCACGGGAUUGCCCUGUUGCUUAAGAGGGUUCCUCACUGGGACUGGUUUCUCAAUCUCAGUGCCUCUGAUUAUCCUCUCCUCUCCCAGGACGAUCUCUUGCACAUCUUUUCAUUCUUGCCUCGGGAUCUAAAUUUCAUUGAGCAUACAAGUAAUAUUGGUUGGAAAGAGCAUCAAAGAGCUAGACCUAUCGUUAUAGAUCCAGGCUUAUAUCAUUCCAAGAAAUCUGGUGUUUAUUGGGCUAAAGAGAAGAGAUCUAUUCCUUCAUCGUUUAAGAUAUUCACAGGAUCUGAGUGGAUUGUCCUGACAAAAUCGUUUCUUGAGUUUUGUGUUUGGGGUUGGGACAAUCUUCCUCGCACUCUCCUCAUGUAUUACACGAAUUUUCUUUCAUCGUCUGAGGGCUACUUCCAUACGGUCAUUUGCAAUCAUAAGGACUAUCAAAACACGACAAUAAAUCACGAUUUACGUUAUAUAAGGUGGGACAACCCGCCAAAGCAGCAUCCAUUGUUCUUGAAGUUGGAGCAUUUUGAUGAAAUGGUCCAAAGUGGUGCUCCUUUUGCUCGGAAGUUUGCCAAGGAUGAUCCAGUUCUUGAUAAAAUUGACAAGGAACUCCUGGGAAGAUCAAAUGGGCACUUUACACCUGGAGGUUGGUGUCUUGGCAGUCCUAUUUUGGGAAAAGACCCUUGCACAGUUUAUGGAAGUCCAAUUGUAAUUAAACCUACUUUACGAUCAAAGAAGCUAGAAAAACUAAUGGUGAAACUAUUAGAUUCUGAAAAUUUUAGGCCGAAACAGUGUAAAUAG